AUGUCUUCAAAUAAAUACAUUGAAUAAUCUCCAGAGACUUAGAGUUUAAGAAAUUCUGUUCGGCAUUAAUCAUUGAAUCAAAGUGUUCAUGAAUUUUCUGGAUCAAAAGAUAAAUUCCAAGACCUUAUGUUACCACAUGCAGAAUUUGUAGAUCCAGGAAAUUUUAAGAAACAAAGUGAAUGUAUAGUUUGUAGCAUCGAAUUUACAUAGACUAAUAGAUAACAUCAUUGUCGGUAUAUAUUACAUUGAUAUCAUAUUUUAGAAUGUGUGGAAAUUCAUGUUGUGGAUUAUGUUCAUAAAAAACUAUUAAUAAAAAUAGAGUUUGUGACAUAUGUUAUAUGAAAGCAUCUUAACUCAAUGCUGAAAAAAAAAGGACUAAAUUUUUACAAUCUUUAAAGGAUUCAGCAAAAAGAUUAAAAAAACAUAUAGAAUAAGCAGAAAAGAGAAAGUAAGAAUUAUAAAAUGAACGAGAUGCUUAAGAGGAUAAAUCUUAAAUUGAUUUAAAUGUUAUAGAGAAAGAGACAGAAAAAUUUAAUAUACAAUAUUCUUAAAAAACUCAAAUUAAAUGUUAAUAUGAGUAGGAAGUAAAAGAGAUUAAAUUAAAAAUAUCUGAACUAAAUUCUCUCAAAGAAUAAAUACAAUUAGAAUGUUAGGAGAAAGAAUCAGAAAUUAGAGCUUAUGAUACUAAUCUAUAUUUAAGGGAAUAAGAAUUGAAUGAUAAAAAGAUUUAAUUGCAAAGAUUAAAACAAUAAAAGGAAGAAUUAGAAAAUAUAUUCAAUAAAAUUGAAUAGAGUCCAGAAAUAGUUGAACAAAUUAUCAUUCCAGAACCUAUUAAACCACCCUAAUAACAGCAAUAAUAAUAAUAAUGGUAUAAUUCUAAUAUUGAUAUUGAUGAAAUUAUGUAUGGUACUACUAGUUAAGAAACAAAAGAGUCUUCAAAUUUAAUUAAAUAAGAAUCAACUUAAUCAACAUAAUAACAAUAAUAAUAAAAACCUUAAAAAUCUGGUCAAAAAAAAGAGAAAGAUGAAAACGAAGAUGAGGAAAAAUAUAAAUGUAAUAUUUUCUGA